CGCUGCUUAGCAACCAGCGCCGGCCCGGGCCCUAGCAAUUGUGAGCGGGCCCAGGCGAGGCGCAGGGGACCGAGGAGCGGGGCCCGGCGGGGGAUGCCCACUUGGCUCCGUUCGGGUUGGGAUUUUUUAAAACAGGACAAACCCUUACGAGUUGUUGUUUUGAAACCUCAGACCGAACAAACGGCGUCAGGGGGUUCCCUGAAAACGACCCCGCCCCCGUAGUUCGCUCAGAGGAGCCGUUUUCAACGUUUCUGGGGGGCGGGAAGAAGCCCCCUCCCCCAGCUACCCCACUGUAAACCGGCCCCAGUGGGAGUCUUGCUUCCGUUUUUUGGCUUCACAACAGUCAGAACCAAACCGUCCCGCCGAGACAGCGCAGCAGAAUUCGACAGAGACAGAAAUAAACUGGGGGGGCCGCGUCCCUCCCUCCUCCCAUCCUCUGUCCUACGCUCGUCAUAGUUUGACUCCUUGCCAGAGAAGCUCUGCUGGGGGCUCAGUGCGUCUUGAAAGCAGGAGUUCCUGCUUCCUGGGGUACUUUAGCCACCCCCUCUGGGAAAGUGAUUUUUGGGGUGUCUAGCGAACAGAGGGACUCCAUCCCAUAGUACCUAGGGAUGGCACAUGCUCGUAUCUCAGCCAAACUGCCCCCCAACAUUGACCCCACUAAAGCCCCCAUUGCUUUUGGGGCAAGGGCCCUACCUAAGCUGAAUGAGGAGUUACAGUCCCCUGAGCUGCUGACCCGGCAGAGAGCAUUGAUGGCCCUAUGUGACUUAGUGCAUGACCCAGAGAAUGUCUACCAAGCAAUAAAACUAGGAUUCCUGGAUAACCUGAAAUAUUUGCUUCUAGACCAAGAUAGCACUGUUCGAGAAAAAACAACUGAAGUCCUUUAUAUAAUGGCUACUCAUAAUGUUGGCAGGGAUGGUUUUAUAGAAAACGGAGUCAUUCCUGCCCUGUCCCAGCUCUUGAAUGAUCCAGUGGAUAUCUGUCGGAGAAACAUGCACCGGGCGUUUGAAAUAAUGGCAGAGUUACCGGCGGGUGCUGUUGGCAUAGUGGAAAGCAGUUUGAUUUCUUCACUUGUUCUUAAACUGAAAACUGAGCUGGAUGAAAUCCAAGAGUUGAUACUGGACACACUCUGCGGCUGCCUAUGUGUAGAGGCUUUUGAAGCUCUUGCAACAGGCGCUGUUCCCAUUCUGAAGGAAAAGCUCACUCAUCCAUCAGUGGCCAUCAGGAGCAAAGCUGCCCGUGCCCUCUUGGGAAUUAGUAUCCCUCUGGAAGGAAAAAAUAUUGUGUGGGAUGAAGAGGUUAUCCCAGUGCUGGUCAGCCUGUUGGAGGAUUCAGAUUCUGAGGUCCGAGCCAAUGCAGCAGGAGCACUGAUGAAUGCCACCAUUACGACCCAAGGGAAAUAUGCAGCCCUUAGUGCAGAUGCCAUUCCACCUUUACUGAAGCUGGUCGAUGAUGAAACCAGCAAAGUACGCUUGAAUGCAAUCAAAGCCCUGACCAUGCUGUCUGAGGCACCUGAGGGUCGCAAGACACUACUGAACCAUGUGGACCUCUUUCGAGGGCAGCUGAAUGACUCCAGUGAGGCUGUAAGCAGAGCAGCAAAAAUCGCCAUCAAAGUCAUCGAGUGGAAACCUUAAACCCAGGGCAUCAUAAAGCAAUAAAAUAGCAGCAAAACUCCUGUACAUUGUGUGACUCAGACUUUUUCUUAAAUGUUCUGUAUUAAAUUCCUAUCUGUUUUAGCAUAUGAAGAGUUUUACUUCACCUACAACUGCUCCUCAGUAUUUCUGCACGUAGAAAUCUAUAGGGAACAGUGUGUGGUCUUGGGGUUAGAAUAGGGCACAGGGAGUCCCUGAAAUAUUUACUUUAUUACUCCAGCAUGGCCAUUCUGUGCAACUCUCUUUUACCUGUGAUAAGGGAAGGUACUAUAGCUGGGGGUUAGAUCCCACCCUGUACCUUCUUUGUCCUUCUACAAGGCACCAAACUGAAUGGCAUGCAAUGUUGCCAUCCCUCAAAUUGGACACAAGCAUUCUAGAACUUUGAAACAUUCUCAGGGGUUCAUUUUUCCCAGAUCUCAGUAGCAUUUUUUAAAGGAGACCAACCCCUCAUGCCCUCUCAUUGAACUCCAUGGCAUAAGCCAAAAGGAAUCAACCUAUCUUGGAGCACCUUAACAUUCCCUGAAAGAUGUCACACCUUCAGAGCCCCCUAGCAUCUUCUGCAGGGACUGCCCAAUCCUGGAGCUCUUUGAUGGCUUAUGCUUCUCCAGGUGAUUUUUCUGUGACAUCUCUUAAGUGGAGACUACCAUCCACUAUGGCAAUAAGCAUUUUCUGAAGGCUCCAUGCCUUCCAGGAUCUCCAUGAUGUUCUUUGAUUAAACCUAACCCUUUCUUGAUAGUUCUGUUCAUUUUCUGAAGAGGGGGAGGAGGGCAGGUUACAUAGAUACACCUAAUUGGACAUUAUUCAGCUGAUAAAGCCCAACUUUUCAGUACAAACAUUACAGAUAGUCCAGAAUCAACCCUCCAGAACCAAACUCAGUUCACACUUUUGGAGGGAGGAGCACCACAAUCCAGAUCCAAUCCAAAUUUUGCAGUUAACCCCAUCCUAUUAUGGGCCAAAGCAAACCCCCAGAUUGAAACAGUCUUGAAAUUUGGUGGAGAGGGAUUUAAAUUUAAAACUGAACUUCAUGGCUUGAGCUCAUCUAUAAUAACCUUCUGACUCUCGCAACACAAAACCCCUUUGGGGGGUCUAGCACUGCUGGUUAUACUAAUACUCCCACACCUUGUGUUCUGGGAGUGCAAGCACCAAGAUUCUAGCUGUCCCCUGUGCAGGCACACGCUAGGAGACUUCCGUGGAUUGACUUGCCCCAACUUACACACCCAUUAGUAGACAAAAAUCUGGCCCCACAUCUGCAUGUUUGCAGGCAUGAUAUUUCCUAGUGAUCUGUUACCCUCCAUUAUGUUAUUUUAUAUUAAACAGAAUGAGAGCUCCAGUUCUCUUCCCAGGUUGUUCUGGAACAGCUCCUACUGAAAGGCCACUUAUCAAACAGCCUCAUCUUCAUGACAGGUCACUUGCAGAACAUUGAAAGAAACCGCUGUGCAGCCUAGAAAUCUCCACUGGAAAAAAAAUAUUUGGAUAUCAGGAAGUUCUUCUUUGAGCACUGGUCCCUAUGGGUAGCCACGAUGAGUGUGUGCACACAGUGUGCAUCCGGGACUGGAAAUUCUUUAACAGCAGUGUGCCUAUGCCCUGUGCCUCCUUGUGAGGGCAUAAAGGGUGGCACAGACCAACCCCACAUUCCCAGUUCCUCUUCUACUGCUCACAGUCUGCGACAGAACCUCCUGUGUCUGUUCUUCUUGUCAGUGUUAGACUUUGUUGAGUCUAACUAUUGAAAAUAAUAUUCUUAGCUUAGUUUUAGUGCUAGUUAGUUAUUUGGGGAUUGAAGGCUCUUCCUCCUCUAAUUCCCCCUUUUUUCUACAGGGCAUCAAUUAUGCCCAAAGUGCCUGGCUUUAAACCUUGCCUGGCCUGCCCCUGGGUUUUCCCAGUGAGCAACCCUCACAAAAUUUGUCUGUACUGCCUUGGGGAAACUCACAUUCCCUUGAAGUGUAGUAUCUGCCAUGCGUUCCUUCCAUGUACCAGAAAAGAUUUCAGGUUCCACAAGCGCCUUGUGUAGCUUCCCAUGAGGCUCCAUUCAGAACUGGGGCCCUCCCACUCACCUGGAACCAUCAGGCAGUGCAUCGCCAGUAUCCAGUAUCAGCAGUUUGGAGUCCUUUUCCAAAUACACGACCCUCAUGAAGUAGAGACACUAAACAAACAAGAUCAAAUUUCCCCAGCAGAAACAGGACAAAUCCCCUCAUAUGUCCUCAAAAAAGAGGCCCACUUUGCCCCUUCCUCCAGCACUGCUAGAAGAUGCUGUACCCUGGAACAGACAUACCUGGAACCCCUACAGAAAAAAAAACCCCGCAACAGUAAUGGGA